AAACCUUUUUUUUUCACUCCAUAUAAAAAAGGAAGUGAUCGAGCUGAAAAGUACGUAGGAGGAGUGAGAAAGAAAGUGUAAUGGAGCCUCCUGUAUCCAGCCCAAGGAUUUCCUUCUCUGCAGAUUUUCUGGAGGAGAAAGAUUUCAUAUCAAUAUGCCCCGCCCAAUCAGAUAAUAAACAGAACAAUGACAAUGAGAAAGGCCGCCGCAGCAAUCCAACAGAGUUCGAAUUCCUCUCCGGCGAGAUCAACAACACUAUGAUGAUCACCGCAGACAAGCUCUUCUCCGAGGGAAAGUUGCUCCCCUUCAGCUGGCAAAUGCAGCUUCCCGCCGACAAGAUCCGCCGGAAUGCCGGCGAAGAGGAGGCGCCGGAGAAGCCAAGAUCCGGCGAGGAGACGGUGGGCUUGUUUCUUGAUGACCACGACGACGACCCGUCUCCCCGGCUGCCGAAAUGCACUGUUCUAUGGAAAGAGCUGCUGAGGCUGAGGAAGAAGAACAAAGCUUCUUCAGCUUCUUCUUCUUCUUCAUUGUCUCCGUCUUCUUCAUUGUCUUCGUCUUCUUCGGGCGGCGGUUCUUCGCCGGAGAAGAAGACGAAGAAGAUGGAGAAGGGGGGAAAUAAAUCUGCACCCAUAAGGAGCACGGAGAUCCGUGUCUUCCUUCUUCUCGGUAACUCGAAGAAGAAAAAAAAAAGAAAAAACAAAUCGACUCAGCCGAUUGUCUCGCCUCCACGCCGCCGACCUGGUCUCCACCGAUCGGCCAUGGCGUCUCUCUCUUCUGAUCCCAUGGAUCGUCUGCCUACGGGUCUCAAAUUGUUUGUCCGGAACCUUCAGUCUCUAACUCCGGUCAAACUCGAUGAUACCAAUUAUCCCUCUUGGUCAGCCACGGUUUGCGCCAAUCUCAUCGCUCAUCGUCUCCUUAGUUAUGUUGAUGGUUCCAAAGUGCCUCAUUCAUCUCUUGUUUUGGAAGAUAAGGCUGCCGACCCUGGCAAGGAUGAACUGCCGGUUAUGAAACCUAAUCCGGCCUUUGAUACAUGGGUGCUCGUUGAUGCACAGAUUCGAGCCUGUCUUCUUGCUAUUGAGCGCUUGCAUAGCAUCCAAAAGGGCACUGAUUCUAUGCAAACAUAUCUGGACAUUGUUCUUACUAUUGUCUCCUCUCUGAAACUGGCACAUGAGGACAUCUCUGAACAAGAUAUUAUCCUAUGUGUACUUCGUGGCCUCCCGGCAGACUACGCCUCGCUCAAACAGAACAUUCACACUAAUAUUGCGACAGUCACCUUUAAUCAAGUGUCUGCGUGGUUACUCUCUGAAGAAUUAAAUCUCACUUUUGAGAAGAAACUCCACCUUGGGGACCCUGGUUCUCCCUCGUCAACAGAUCUUCACAGUGCAUUAUUCACCAAUUCCGGACGGGGUAAUGGUCGGGGACGUGGCUGUGGGCCAUAUCGUGGCCGUGGUGGGCCCUCCCGUGGCAGCAACUAUGGCGGCAGAGGAGGCAGACAGUCCUCCUACCGUGAGGAUCAGCGAGGUCGCGGGGGUGGACGAGGGACCGGCAACACGUGUCAAUUGUGUGGAAAGACUGGCCAUGCGGUCUGGAAUUGUUGGCACCGCUACGAUGAAUCUUAUUCCGGCCCUCCACAGGCAUACUACACCAACCAAUCUGCUGAAACCAAUCCGAACUGGCAUCUAGACACUGGAGCGAACACUCAUGUGACAUAUGAUUUUUCUCAGUUGCAUACUUCUUCACCAUAUCAUGGCACCAAUUCUAUUACUACUGCGGGAGUCAGGGUCGUCUACUACUCCGCCUCCGGUGUUCCAUGCGGAAUGAGGAAGAGGAGGAAUCAGAAGCUCAAAGUGGUGGAAAGCGGCGAGAAAGAGCUGUGGCUUCCGAGCAGCCUUCUGGCGGACAUUCUGAGCAGACUUCCUUGCAGAGCCUUGGCCCGCCUGAGAUUCGUCUCCAAGGAAUGGAACUCCGUCGUCUCCGACCGGACAUUUGUCCGCCUCCAGAUGAAGCCCGCCGCCGGGGAGAGGCUCUCCGGGUUCUUCUUCCAGGGCAGGUAUCAGUGGUGCGACGGCGACAUCAAAUCCCUCACCUACAUACCCCUCCUGGCCCACCAGAAUGAGAGGAGGGAGUCUGCGGCGAGGGUGGAGAAGGGCGUUCUGGGCUUUCUCCCGGAGCAAGUCGUCCUCCUGUCCGCCAUUAAUGGCCUCCUCUGCUGCCGCAGCUGCUUCCCCUCUCCCAACCCUCUCAAGAUUUAUGUGUGCAACCCUUUGAAUAGGGAGUGGACUGCCCUCCCAUGGCCGCCCCAUCCCCCCAAGGACAGCAGCACUGCUCUCGCUUUCCGGCCCUUCCAUGGGGGCUGCAUUUCCACAGACUUCCAGGUCAUCACGGUUUGCCAGACCCCAAUGGAAGAAGAAGAAGAAGAGGAGGUUCGGUACCGGUUCGGGUUCAAGAUAUAUUCGUCGCGGGCCAAGGAGUGGAGGGAGUCGCGGGAGGGGUGCACUUGGGCCCACAAGCUGCAGAGGAAGGGGUGCGUGUUCGCGGAGGAGGAGGGGGGGACCGCGUACUGGCUCACGGAGGACAACCGCGUCCUCAUGUUCGACCUCGCGAACGAGCUCUGUUGCUUGGUCCACGGGCCUUUCCCGGCCUCUGGGCUGGACUUUGCGCCCGGGGUGUGCCUGGGAGAGGCCCAUGGGCGGGUGCAGUACGUGAUGAUCUCGCAGGACGGGCUCCAAGUUUGGGAACUCGAGGACCGGUUCGGGUCCCAUUGGGCACUCAAACGCUUCGUCUCUCCAGAGGACCUGGAGAGGGAGAACCCAAAGUGCAUGCACCAAGUGUCCAAGAAACUCGAGAGCCAUCUAGCGACCGACUCGUCGUCCCUCUUGAUCGACCUCUUGUCUUUCAAAGACGCGACGCUGCUGCUGAGGAUAUCGACCGACGUCUACGCGUUUGAUUUCGAAACGGGGAAGGCGAAAUGGGUCUGCGCGGUCUCCGCGUUGGGGCCCAACUCUUGGUUCUCUCCCAUUGUCAUCCCAUACACCAUGAGCUUGGCGCCCAUAGACUUAGCUUAGCACCUUAGCUUGCUUAAGUGACUCCUUUUUGUCCCACUGCAAUUAUAUAUAUUUAAGUAUUAGGAUAGAGAACCACCUAACCAAAACAUUGCCUCUUUUGGAAUUUUGUCAUGCAUUACAUUCCACACCUUUUUGGAUGGUUUUUUUGGUAGAGUUUUGCACACAAAAAGGUGAUUUUGGAUUGGAAUUUGGCAGUUGGUAGUGUGGUCUUGUUAUCCUUUCUUUUGCUAGUUUAGUCUAGUCUAGAUAUAAACUCAUAGUCUACAAUAUUGUGAGUAUUAUGGAUGGACAAUUAAAGUAUGCUACUAUGA